AGCUGAAAAAUGAUAUCUCAUAUCAUUCCAGAUUGUAAUGUUUGGUCAAUAGUAAAUGGUUUUUGAAAAUGGGACUAUUCAGGAUAUUUUCCUGUUUUUAUUUAAAAUUAUGCGAUCAAAAAUUUCUCAGAAGUAGCAAAGUGUGAUCAUAUUAGGUCUCAGGGGUUUGUUCCAUGAGAUGGAAAGGCGGAUACGCCUAAAAACUCUUAAUCCACACAUUACUUGUAAGAUAUGCAAGGGAUACUUGAUUGAUGCAACAACUGUGAUCGAGUGUUUACAUACUUUUUGCAAAAGUUGUUUAGUUAAACACCUUGAAGAUAACAAUACCUGUCCUACUUGUGAAAUUGUUAUUCAUCAAAGUCAUCCUUUGCAAUAUAUAAGCUAUGAUCGGACUAUGCAGGAUAUUGUCUUUAAAUUAGUCCCCAACCUUCAACAAAAUGAAGUAAGACGUGAAAGAGACUUUUAUAAACGAAGAGGAAUGCCUUAUCCUAAAACUAUACCUAAUAAUUGCAUUGAAAAGGAAGCUGGCUUUCAGUCUUCUUCUUCCAAAGUUGAAGAUUCGGACUAUCAUAGAUCUGAUGAGCAGAUAAAUAUUCUGCUGGAAGCUCAAACAUCGGCAUUAAAGCAAAUGCGUAGAAAGUUUAUAAGAUGCUCAGCUCAAGUCACUGUGACCCACUUAAAGAAAUUUAUUGCAAAGAAAGUUUUUAACAACAUGGAUAAAUAUCGAGAGCCAUUUUGAACAAGAACGAUUCAAGCAAGAAGCGGAAAUUCCUGUCAUUCAUUAAGGUAAGUAGGUUCAAGUUGAGGAUGGGGAAGUGACAAAUUCUUAUUUCUCUCUGAUCAUUGGCUAUCAAUCAAGCGUAAAGGUGCAGCAUGCAGAUGAGGUUCUCUUUAUUUUUUCUUGUGUUUGUGUGGUUUGGAAUAAAGGGACUUUCGUUAGUCAAAUUCAUAUUUCAGUAGAAGGGAGUCUUGAAAUUUUUUUCAUGUCAAUGCUCAAGAAAGAAUGUGUAGGGUAGACAUAAGUAUGAUUUAUUUUAUUUUACCUUAAUUUUAAAGUUUUCAACUCAAUGAGUGACAAUGCAAUAAUGCAAUAAUAGAAUUAAGAUUAUUAAAAAGAUUUCCUUUGAUUGAUGAAAAUUGUAUUCUAUUUAUUGAUAAUAAGCAAGCUGUAAAUAUGCAAAUAUAAGUUUUUUUAUUAAAUUGUCAUUUGCUAUCAGAAGAAGUUAUCUAUAUAUUACUCUGCAUAGGCCUUCUCAUAAGAGCCUGACAAAUGUUACCUUUUUCCCCCCGCCUCCUAAAUGUUACAUGGUAUGGGGAAGAAGGAAUGUUUCUUAAGGACGUGUAUCCUUUUAGACCUAUUCACAUAAGAGCCUGACAAUGUUAAAACAUGACGAUUAGUUACCGUAAUUGAACUUGGCAAUAUGAAACCAAGCCAGCUUCUUCAGAAACUAAAAUUAAUAGCUACGGCGAAUAUCUCAGAAAAUUUAAUUAGAACUCUUUAGCUGGAAAAAUUGCCCGAUUCUAUUGGAACCAUGUUACUUGUAAGUGAAGAAAAUAUUUCAAAACUCGCCAAAAUGGCAGAAAUGAUAUAAGCUCAAGGAUUGAAAUUUUUGUGAUGAAGAAAAUGGCAACUCGAGCAAAUCCGUUGUUCCGGCUCAAACGAUGAGCUUUUAGAGCAAAUCCAAUCAUUAAAAGUGCAAAUUUCGAAAUUAAGCUGUAUUCGUUCAUCAAGAGCAACAUUUAAAGAUGCAAAAAAUCCAGGUUUUGUACAUUCCCGGUCAAGUAGUCAAAAUCGCAGGAAGCAAUUCAAUGAAAGAGGAAAAUAUUGCUAUUACCAUUUUAUGUUUGGCGACCGCUGCCAUACUGACAAAUGCCGCCAACAGUGCACUUGGAAUACAGAAAACACCAGACAGCAGUAGAACUAGUAGUAAACUAUGCUGCUGAAAGAAAAAUGUCUCUCGCCACAAAUUUCGUUUAUUUGUACAAGACAAAAACACAGGAAUGUGGUUUUCAGUAGAUUCAGGAGCAGACGUGAGCGCCAUUCCAGUAACUUAGGAAAAGUUAUCAGCAGAUAAUUUCAAGUUAAAUGCUGCUAAUAAAACUGAAAUUUUAACAUAUGGAAUUAAAAUUUUAACUUUAGAUCUAGGUUUGCGUGGAACUUUUCAAUUUCCUUGUAUUAUUGCGUAAGUGGAUAAAGCUAUUUUAGGAGCAGAAUAAAUUCAAACUACUGAUUGAUAUACACAACAAAAAGCUAAUUGAUACUGUUACUACUCUUUCAAUAAAGAGUUAAAUAACAAUGUCAGCACAUGAUGGUAUUAGUACAAUAGACAAAAAUUCUAAAUAUGCCAGAUUAUUAUCUCAAUAUCCAAAUAUCACUCAACCUAAUUUAUCUGUUUCUAAAAUUAAUCAUGGGGGUGAACAGUAUAUUACCACUCAAGGACAACCAGUUUAUGCCCGUUCUCGAGUUUUAGAUUUUGAAAGGUUGCGUAUAGCUAAACAAGAAUUUCAAUGUAUGUUAAAAAAUAACAUUAUCAGACCUUCAAACUCUCAAUAGGCUAGUCCAGUUCAUAUAG